AUGGCAGACACCCUCUCUAACGACGGCCUACCGUUUACAUCGCUCUACAUCAAUGGAGCCUACCGUCCCGCAAGCAUGAAUGCCACCUUUCCCGUGAUCAAUUCAUACACCGGCCGUAUUGUAGGCCAUUCCGCGUCGGCCUCUCCAGCCGACUGCGUUGAAGCCGUCGAAGCCGCUCAUCGUGCUUUUCCUGCCUGGGAAUCAGCCCCUCUGGCCUUCCGGCGCGAUGUACUUUUGAAGGCUGCAGAUAUUCUGGAAAGCGAGGAUUGGAAGAACAAGGCGAGAAAGGCGCUGAAGGAGGAGACUUCGUCGACGGAGGGCUGGGUUUCAUUCAAUAUAUUGCCUGGGCCUGGGGCGCUGAGGAAUGUGGCAGGGAUGGUCAAUGAGCUCAAAGGCGAUACCUUUCCGUCUGUGAACCCGGGUGGGAAGGUGUUUGUUCAGAGGAGGGGACAUGGCGUCGUCUUUUCCGUCAUCCCGUGGAAUGGGCCUGUACCCUUGACGACCCGAGGCGUCGCGAUCCCGCUCAUAUGCGGUAACACUGUCGUCUGCAGACCCUCUGAAUACAGUCCACGAAUCAUUGGGCUCAUGAUUGAUGCGUACCACCAGGCAGGUCUCCCACCGGGAGUUCUGAACUUUGUACCCAUGUCUCGGGAGGACUCUCCUACCUUGAUUCAACAAAUCAUCGCCCAUCCUCUUGUGAGGAAGGUCACGUUUACAGGCAGUGAUCGUGUCGGUAGGAUCAUCGCCGCAGAAGCUGGUCGCCACCUCAAACCUUGCCUUGUCGAACUAGGUGGUAAAUCACCAGCUGUCAUACUCGAGGACGCCGAUAUCGAAGACGCAGCUCGAUCCCUCGUCUACGGCGGCCUCUUCAACUCCGGGCAGAUCUGCAUGUCCACAGAACGCAUCAUCGUCCAACGUCCUGCGCUUGAGCCCCUCAUCGCAGCUCUCAAGAAACACACAGCACAUUUGAAAAUCGGGGACCCUUCUGACCCUUCUACCCUUCUCUCUUCAUUGUUCACGGAGGGAAGUGCGGAAAACGUUGUGGGACUAUUGAAGAGCGCUCAGGAGCAGGGCGCGGAGGUGAUUCUGGGAGAUGUGACGAGGGAGGGAAGCGUUGUGAGGCCUCAUUUGAUUGUGGGAGUGAGGCCGGGGAUGGAGCUGUGGAAGAGGGAGAGCUUCGGACCGAUCUUAGCUAUCACUCCAGUUGAUACGGUCGACGAGGCUGUAGAACUGGCGAACGACUCGGAUUAUACUCUAGUUGCGUCCCUAUGGACGACUAAUGUAUACAAUGCCUUCGAAGUGGGAGGUCGUAUCCGCGCAGGGUCUGUUAACAUCAACGGUCCGACCAUGAACUCGGAAGCUGGAGAGGGCCAAGCAGGACUGGGCGGUACCAGCGGCUAUGGGAAAUUCAACGUGGAGAGCUUCACCGAUCGACGGUCCCUGAUCUUACAUGCCGAACAUAGAUCGUAUCCCUUCAUGGGCCUCACAUGAACUCACCAGAGUUUUCGAUAUCAUACCAUAUCCCAACGAGGUCCUCAGGCAGGUUACUGCAUCCAAAGUCCCAAAGCUCUUUGUAUCAAUAUGUAUGUGAAUGGAGUGCCAGCUGGAAAGUGCAUCACGAUCGGAUAUAUGCGAGUAUAUGUACAAUGCGUAUUGUGGACAGGCAGUGAUAAGGAGAGGAUGACCAGAACGUAGUUUACCGGAAGAAAGAUGACGAUUAAAACAUAAGACAGGGAGAAUCCACCAGGGCCAAAAGAUUCGAACAAUUCACAGGACGGAAUAAGAGAAGGAUAGAUGACAAUAUGUAGCAUAAGGAAAAUCAAAGGGGUGAAAACCAACAAAGUCGGUGGGAGCGCGAGAUCGCUCAGCGUUCAGCGUUGAGCGAGCAUAGUAAAGGGACCAAGGAGGAAGAUACUCAGCCACCUGACUGCUUUUCUCCCUCUGCUUCCGAAUCCGCAUCCGUAUCAACCCACGUCUCCUCCCCGCUAUCUGCCUCUCCAUUCCCCUCUCCACCAUGCCUCACACCUUCUACAAAAGGCGGACCCAACACAUUCCCAACCCUCCCUCCCUUCUGCUUCCCCUUACCGUUCGUCUCGAGCACCUCAACCACACCCACACCGCCCACAUUCCUAGACCCCACAGGUCGAAUCACAACACCUCCCCUCCCCGUAUCCGUCAAAUCUCCAGAACCAGAACCAGAAGACAAUCCAUCCGGCCCGCCUUCGUCUUCUUCCGGCAUCGGAGGACUAAGACUAAGACUCGGACUCUGCACGACCACCCUCCUGACCUCAUGCAAAUGCGCGCUCCGAGCCCAUUUCUUCGCCGAGCGCGGGACAGGGCCUACCAGGACCCUCCCACCACCACUUCCACCACCACCGCCGCCGCCACUGCCGCCGCUGUCCCCAUUAAUAUGAGCAGGAACGCUGACGCCGCCGAUGGGUGUGCUCGUACUAGCCGAGAUCUGUGCGGGUAAGAAGGUCAUGGAGGAGGAUCGUAGAGGUGUCGUAGGAGGCCCUGGAUAGCGUGAAUAUGCGUGUGCAUGCGCGUGUCGGUCGUGAUUGUGUGAGUGAUGUCGGGCGUUGACGUUGAGACGCCGUGGCGUACGUGGACGUGCAGACAGCGAGAGCGUAAGCGGAUGGGAAGGUGUUAUCGGACGGGGAACGACAGUUGACGUAGAACCCGAAGAACGACUGUCGCGAUCUCGACGGAUGCUUUGCGGGAGGUUGGUGGUGAGUUGCGGAGCGGAGGGCGGGAGUUGAGGGUUGGAGGGAUGGGGAGUGAUGUUGGGUAAGGCGGGUGCGCUGGAGCCGGAAGGUCUGGGUUCUGAAGGUCGGAGGAGUUCUUGACUUCCGGAGCCUGUGGACGGGAAUUUGUGCUUCUCCCCCGAGGGUUCCCUACUCCUGCCCUGCCCCGCUGGCGCCACACUCGCAUUCCUGCUCCCGCUCCGAUUCCUCAGCUUACUCACCCAAUCCCCACUAAAACUCAAAUUCCGCCUUCCCCACUCCCGCAUCCCAGGAACGCGAAGCCGCGCAUUCGCAGGGAUGAUAUGAUCGGAGCGUGAACCGCGCGUCAGAGUCAUGAACACGAGCAAAGCGAGAAGAAGGCAGAGUUGGGCUAUGCCGAGUCGUUUCUCGAGGACGAUCUCAUCAACCAGCACCUCCACCCUCCUAACCAACUCGCCCACCUCCCCCUCAACCCUCCUCCUCUCCCUCUCCAUCUUCUCCAUCUCCCCCCUCUCCCUCCUCCAAACCUGCUCC